AUGAAUCUUCAAUCCAGAAAAGUGACAGUUGCCCUUGUUGGCGGAGGAACCAUUGCCCCUUUUCAUGCUAAAUUCCUCCUAACCUCUCCUACCUGCUCUUUAGUUGCUCUCAUCGACCCAUUUCCUCCUGGAAAGCAACUGGCUCUGAAGCUUUCUGUGCCACAUUUCGCGUCCGUGCAAGAUCUUCUCGGGUCCUCGGUUGGAGCCCCGGAUGCAUACAUCAUUUGUGUACCUUCUAGUCUUCACGUUCGUGUAGCCGAGGAGGUGCUACACUAUGCCUUCCCUCAGGCCAUAUUGAUUGAAAAGCCCUUCUCUACCGAGUCAAGCUCGGGAGACAAGUUUCUCCAACUCGCAAAAAGCAAAUCCUGCACGUUGUUGGUUGGCCACCACCGUCGGUUCCAUCCGUCACUUGCAGCAGCCCGCCAAGUGAUUGAUAAUGGAACAAUCGGCAAAAUCAUCGCAAUAUCGGGAAUAUGGACCGCCAAAAAGAAUGAUGGCUAUUACAAGGAAGCUAGCUGGCGAUGCUCUCGCAAAUCUGGAGGCGGUCCUGUUUGGACGAACUUCGUUCACGAUAUUGACGUUCUGCAUUAUCUGACUGGAUCGAAUGUUGUGAGAGUCUGGGCAACGCAGACCGCCAGCCAGCGUUCCCAUGAAAUUGUUCCAAGCGACGACCCAGUCGAAGAGGGGGCGGCAGUCAUGCUUCAGUUUGCCAAUGGAGUGGUGGGGACCUUCAUAAUCAGCGAUAAUGUGGCGAGUCCAUUUGGGUGGGAGGCUGCAACGGGCGAUAAUCCUCUUUAUCCACCAGCUCCGGUAAAAGUGGAUACAUAUCGGAUUCUGGGGACUAAAGGAACUUUGACAGAGCCAGAUGGUACACUUUGGCGCUAUGAUUACAGUGAUGCAAAGCAGCUAGGAAAAGAGGUAGGAUGGAAUAUCCCCAUCCGCCAAGAGGAGCUAAGCUCUUCAGAUGAUGUACCUUUUCAGCAACAGAUAGAACAUUUGGCCCGAGUCUGCCUUGAAAAGGAGAAGCCAAGAUGUUCAGGGGAGGAUGGCUUAAAUGCAGUGAGAGUGUGCGAAGCAGUAAUUGGUGCUUUGGAGGCAGGAGAUGGCAUUCCGAUUGACCUGUGA